CGGCGUCUCCAGGGCUGCGACGCCGGACGUCUCGCGUCGCAUCGCAAUCGCCAUGGCGUCCGCCCGCGAGCUGCUGCUACUGUGCGUCGUGCUGGGUGCGUGUUGCGGGUUCCGGCCGGCAGGGGCUGACACGGCGCCCGACUGGGUGCGGCGGCGGGCGUGCCCCGCGACUGCAGAGGACCCGCAGCCGGCCGCCAGGGUGGCCACCGAGGCGCGCGUGCGCAGGCUGCGCAGCCUCAUGCGGGACCCCAGGCACCUGCUCGACGCCUACCUCGUCACCUCGUCCGACCAGCACCAGAGCGAGUUCCUGGCGCGGUCGGACCGCCGGCUGGAGUGGAUCUCGGGCUUCUCGGGCAGCUACGGGGAGGCGGUGGUGACGGCGCAGCGCGGGGGCGGCGAGGGCGGCCAGGCCGCGCUGUGGACCGACGGCCGCUACCACGCCCAGGCCGACGACCAGCUGGACUGCGGUUGGCAGCUCGUGCGACACGGCGUCGUCCAGCUCUCCGUCCAGGGGUGGCUGUCAGACGUCCUCCAUGUGCCUGCUGCUCGUGUGGGUGCUGACCCACACUUACUGCCUCACACCGAUUGGCAUGCAUUAUCGGUUGACCUUGCAAGUAUUAAUGUGACGUUGGUGGAAAUUCGAGAAAAUUUAAUAGAUAAAAUAUGGACUGAGAGGAUGAUGUUUAAGAAAUAUCCAGCACAUGUUCUUCCUGUGGAAUAUGCAGGAGAAACUUGGGAAAAUAAAGUUUCGAGAUUGAGAUCUCAUCUAGCUUUGACAGGAGCUGAUGCUAUGGUAGUGACGGCUCUUGAUGAAGUUGCCUGGUUGCUCAACAUACGAGGACACGACAUUCCAUAUUAUCCAGUAGUGCAUGCAUAUGUUAUUGUAAGUCAGAACAUGUUGCUCCUCUUCAUUGAUCCUGCAAAUUUAUCUGAUGAAGUAAGGGAACAUCUCAAGAUUGAAAAGUGUUUUAGUGCAAACUGUUUUAGUGUACGGCCUUACUCAAGUAUCCUGGCUGGUCUGCACACUGAGUCACAGCAGUGGAACACUGUACUCCUCCCAACAGAGUGUACCUACAGCAAAGGUGCCAGCCAGGCCAUCUACUCAGCUGUCAGUGAAAACAAGUGGAUGCCUCAGCAAUCACCUAUCAUUUUCAUGAAAUCAGUCAAAAAUUCUGCUGAAAUUCGUGGAAUGCAAAACGCUCACAUACGAGAUGCAGCUGCACUAUGUGACUUCUUUGCUUACAUGGAACAGAGGAUGAAAGAUGGCUUCAUUUGGGAUGAACUCACUGUAGCAGAAACAGUAGAUGAGUUUCGCAGGGAGCAAAAGCUGAGUCGUGGGCCUAGUUUUGCUACAAUUGCAGGAUUUGGUCCCAAUGGAGCAUUACCACACUAUGAGCCAAACAACAUCACUAGCCUCACAAUUGAUAACAGUAGCAUGCUUGUGCUUGACUCUGGUGGACAAUAUUUAGAUGGGACAACUGAUGUCACACGCACUUUGCAUUUUGGGGAACCCACAGACUUUCAGAAAGAAGUAUACACACGUGUAUUAAUUGGUUCCAUACAGAUGGCCUCAUUGAUAUUUCCAGAAGAUGUACAAACAUCAAACAUAGAUGUACUUGCCCGUGCUCCUUUGUGGAAAGUUGGUCUUGAUUAUCAGCAUGGAACAGGGCAUGGAAUAGGUUCUUAUCUAAGUGUACAUGAAUCUCCAAUUAUAGUAGUGUACAGCACAGGAAAUGAGACAUUCCAGAAGGGUCAGUUCUUCUCUAAUGAACCUGGUUACUAUAAGGAAGGUCACUUUGGCGUUCGUCUAGAAAACAUCUUGGAAGUAGAACGAAGACAAACGGAGCACCAAUCUCACAAGACCUAUUAUGGGUUUAAAACUGUAACACUUGUACCAUAUGAACCAAAACUUAUAAAGGAAGAAAUGCUUACCAGCGAACAAAGGGACUGGCUGAAUGAAUACAACUCACAGAUUCGAAGCUUAGUGGGAGCAGAACUGAAACAUCAGAAGAGAAUGAAGGGUUUUUAUUGGAUGAUGUCGAAAACAGGAUAUGUGCCUCCAUAUUGUGCACGAUAUAACAGGGCAACAGCUUAUACUCCAUUAUGCAGGAUGUUCAUUUUUUUUGCUAUGUUGAUAUGUUGGCUCUUUUAAAACAUCAGAUACACAUACGAUGUUCACAGACCAUAAUAAAAUAAAAUAAUCUGAUGUUAUGAGUUGCUGGAAAAUCACAUUUUUGAAAUGCACAUAAUGUGAGCAAAACUUUAUUUUGGCAUAUUAAAAUUUCAAAGCAUGAAGUCAUUUUUACAUAUUGUUAAGAUGUCAUGAAUAGCCUCAUCCCUGAGCAAAGGGCUUCUAUUUUUUUCCUUGAAAUGUGCAAUGAAAUAUUUUUACUACUGUUAUUUAUUCAUAGGUAUAUAAGCAUGAGACAGUCAAAGGAUAAUAAAAUUUAUUAAAGGCACAAUAAAAAUGAAGAAACAUUUUGGCGGUUGUAGUUGUGGAUUUCAAUGUUUAUAAAGGUUGACAAGCUAAACUGGAACACACAUCUUAAUCAAAACUCCUCGGGCAUCUGUCAGCUAUGUUUCUGCAGAUGAGAGACAUUUAAUGCCAUCUGCUAUAUCCCUGUGUAGCACUACUACCACGGAAGUCACUGUGCAGGAAAUGUGGUAUAUAUGGGAAUGGUGUGUUUAUACAUUGUAAUAUGAAACUGUAACAGAAAAUCAUAAAAUAAAAGUACAUAAUAAAAGAAGGAACAUACGAUUUCAAUAUAGGGAAAAAUACAGGUAAACAUAGCAUAGGUAAUUAGGAGAAGAAAAGCAAAAGAAUUAUUACAGAGACAUGAAAAGGUUGAAUGGAAGACAAGAGCAAGUACUAGAACUAUAAGGAGGGUUUAGAAUUAGUCAAGACUGGGAGAGAUACGAGAUGGCGGUUGAUGGAAUCAAAUGCACAUUCAAAGUAAGUUACAUUCAGCAGAGUUCUGAAAUGUUAAUUUUGGGAGCAACUACCAUGAUGGUUUGAGUUGCUAUCUACUUCCUCUACUGUGUUUUGCCACUAACAGAUAUGAAGUGGAUAGUAGUAGGCACUGUCCUUCUCUCCACACACACACACACACACACACACACACACACACACACACACACACACACAUUUUGAAGUUAGGACAGCAAUAUUUGAAAUGGUGCUGAGAGGUAUUUGAGAAGUGAUUAUUGUACCUCAGAAGAAUUCUGCUUACUCUAAAUAUGCCCUAUGGACCCUACAUAGCGUUCAGCGACAUCCAUCUCUAAAAUAUUCAUGUUGCACAUCAGUUAACCUGCACACAAUUUCAGGUUUCUGCACUAUGCUGAUCAACGCAAUGCUUUAUGUAAGAAUGAAACAGCACAAGUAAAUAUUACACACAUUAACAUACAGCACCAUGUUGUAGAACUCUCUCUGCAACACAAUGAUGUAGACUUUGCUAUAUUACAGACUAAUGAUUCAAUCAUGAGUGUCCCUCUCUACACCAGUUCUUUACAACUCCAUAUAUAAAAAUAGAUUACAAAACAAGUACUCAGUACUGAUGAUACCAAAAAAAGGAGUUCUAAUCUGUUGCACCUUCUUUUCUGUUACUUUUUUCCACUUCUAAAAAUUAAGUACACUUUUGAACAAUGGAAAAUCCAGGAUGGAAUGUGGCAAUAUUAUGAAAAGGAUUGUCGCAGAUAGGCACAUUGAAAAUACUGUCAGAAAAUAAGCUUUUGGCCAAUAAGACGGUUGCCGAAAGUAGACAAUGUGCGCGCACAUGCACAUGCCGCCCCCCCCUCUCCCCCCACACACAGCUGCACAUGCGUGCAAAUGUAACUCAAACACACACAGGCACAAUCCCUGGCUGCUGUAGCCAACUGUCAGGCUAUAGUGGCCAGAAACUGUGGUCAUAUGUGUAUGAGCUGCAUUUGUAUUUUAUUGUCUGUUUUCACUGAAGGCCUUGUUGGCUGAAAGCUCGUUUUCUGGCAAUCUUUCUGUUGUGCCUAUCUGCGACUCGGCACCUCCAAUAUAUGAUGAGUAGCAAUGAUUCUUUUCAUAAUGUUGUUAAAGUACACUUUCAUAAUUCUGUAUGAUAGUAGCUUCUUUUCUUCUCUCUUCAUUAUUUUCCUGCUUUCCUCCCUUCGUUUUUAUUUUCCUUUUCCUGACCAGUUAUUUCCAGUGGCCACGUCUUUAUUUUGUUCAGUGUAAACUGUCUGACAUUGUUCCAGAAACUUAUCAAGAUAUCUCCAACCAGCUGACUAAACUGUCUUCUUAUCCACUGGUCCCAGAUGAUUUCUACGUUUCAUGAGACGUUUUUCCAUUUAGGCUAUAUUUAUUUUGACCAGUUUUUCAUUUAACAACUAUUUUCAAUUUUUAACCCAUUACUGAGUGAUGAGCUAGAAGAAUAUUUCAUACAUAAGAAAAUGACUGAGAAUUCACAUGAUGUACUUCCAUUAGUUGGCUGUGGUACCCAUCAUGAAGUAAAUUUUCUUGUUAAAUAACAUCUCUCCUCAUUGGUUUGAACUACUGUUGUACCAUCAAAAACUGAAAUUGCCUUUUUUUCCAAACAAUUUAAUUAGACAUUCCAUAGAAGCUUCCAUUAGCCUAUAUUAUCCUAGGAAUAUGAAACAGAAGAGAGACACAAUAAUGCAACAUCGGAGUAAGUACAGAAGGAAGUUAAUAUAUACUGGUGUUAUCAUUAUUUUUAUUCAUGAUUAGAUGUGACAGUAAAUAAAAGUAAGUGUAGAACAAAAAAGAAAAAGAUUAACUCACUUUUAAAAUAGCCACAAAGGGUAAUAAGGAAGUAUCAGUUUUAUUGUACCAUUAUACUCAUGCUUAUAUGUGACAGUAAGUAAAAGAAAAUAAAGAAAGUUGCAGUGAUUAAAAAGCAACAUGAUGUGUUUAAGAGAUUUAACUGAAGACACAGCAAAAAGGGACUGUGAAUAAAGAACUGUCAGUGUGUGGAUUGCAAUUUCCAGUCAGAAUGAAUGAGUCAACAGACCGCUACAUAAUAACAAAGCUCUGAAGUCAAGUUUGCAUCACAGGAAGAUAAAAGUAUGAAUCAAUUGAGAAAAUAGUUGUCAAUUGCUUGACUUGUUGAACUGGGAAGCUGCAACGAAGACAGUGUGAUCGAACAUCCAAUAUCCCACCCUCCCUGGUAAUAACUCAAGGAAUAAAGAUAAUAUCUGAACAAAAAAACAAACAUCAAACAUUUUGCUUGGAAACACCACGUAAGAAUAUCAACAAUGCAGGAAAAGAUAAAUUUCUCCUUACCAUAAAGCUGACACAUUAAGUUGCAGAUAGGCAUUAUUAAAAGACACUUACACAUAAGCUUUCAGCCAUAGCCUUCAUCACAAAAAGAGAAAAACACAGCAUUCAUUCACAUAAGCAAGAACACCUCAUGCACACAUGAUCUACAACUCUGGGAGAUCAGGCCGGAGUUGGCCAUGUGUGUGAGGUGUGCUUGCUUGUGUGAAUGAAUAGUGUGUGUUUCUCUUUUUCUGACAAUGGCUGUGGCCAGAAGCUUAUGUAUAAGUGUCUUUUAAUUGUGACUGCCUGCAGAUUAAUGUGUCAUCUCUACGGCAAGUAGAAAUCUAUCUUUUCCUACAUUGUAAAGAUUUUACUUGAAUUUUUAAUUUAAUGAGAAUAACAAUUCCAGGUGAAUCAUCAACAGAGACGUAAGCAAACUGAGAAUAUUGCUAGCUUUCGGUUGGAUCCCUUCUUCAUAGUUUUACACACACACACACACACACACACACACACACACACACACACACACUUCAAAAGCUGUAUUGUUCUAGAUGGCUAAAUUGCAGCUCGAAGGAGGUGGAGUGUUCCAAGGAGUAUUGGGGAAGGGUGGCUGGAUGGCGGCAGAGACAGGCAGCAGGAAGUAAGGAUAGAAAUGUAGCACCAUUAAGCACAUUCUGGCUGAAGCAAAAUGAUGGGGAAGGGGUUGAGUGAUGGAGGCAGAUCAGAGGAAAGGGGAGACUGAGCAGAAAAGGAUGUGAGGGCAGGAUGAGUGGGUUAGGGUCAUGGGGCUGCUGACCACCCAUUGGCAGAACACACUGUGGAGUACAACAUGCUCAGUUUCAAAGGGUGCUUCAUCUUCUUCUUUAUUUACAUCUUUAGGGUGUGGGCAGAGAGUACUUUCUGUACCACUGUUACUUACUUCAUUUCCUGUUCCAGCCGCAAAUGGUCCUUGGGUUGAACAACUGUUGGUAAACCACCGUGUGAGGUUGAAUCUCUCUAGUUUUAUCUUCUUGACCUUUCCACAAGAGACAUAUAGGAGGAAGUAAUACAUCACUUCACUCUUCUAAGUAUACACUCAGAAUUUUAACAGUAAACAACCUAUGCCAUCUAGAUCCUUGUCUCAACACAAGCUUCCCUGAAUUAAGCUGCAAUGGUUAGCACACUGGACUCACAUUCGAGAUGAUGACAGUUCAAAUAUGCAUCUGCGACCAUCCUGAUUUCAGUUUUCUGUGCUUUUCUUAAACUGCCCCAGACAAAUCCUGGAGUGGUUCCUUUGAGAGGGCACAGCCAAUUUCCUUCCCUAUCUUUAAAAUGUUCCGAUCUUAUGUUCAGUCUCUAAGGACCUCAAUGUCAAUGGGACAUAAACCCUAAUCUUCAUUUCUUUCUUUGAAUUACAUAGCUGGGAGUUGUCCUUUGAUCCCGUAAUCCUCCCAGUCUUAAUCUCUGUUAGCCCAUGCCCCACAGUCACCUCCAUCCUUCCCUCUGACCCUAAUUUCACUCAUCCUGCACUCACCCACAUGCUCUUCUCUAGCCUCUCUCUUCGUGUUUUCUAUUAACCCUUUCAAUCCACUCACGGAGCAAGGUGGCGUAGUGGUUAGCACACUGGGCUCAGAUCUGGGAUAAUGAUGGUUCAAUCCCGCGUCCGGCCAUCCGGAUUUAGGAUUCCCACAAUUUCCCUACCAGGCAAAUGCCAGGAUGGUUCCCUUGAAAGGGCAUGGCCGACUUCCUUCCCCAAUCCAACGACCUCUCUGUUUGGUCUCCUCCACUUCAUCAUGUGCUCACUUCAGUUGCCCCUGCCUGUGGCUCAAAUGAGUUCACAGGUGCCACAUUCUGAUCCUCUGCCUCUUGCUAACAGGUGUUAUCCACCUGCCCCAACCCUCCCUCUUGUUCUCUGUCUUCUGCCUCACUGACCAAUCCAUUUGACAAAAUCUCUCACUCAAAUUGAGAUGCAGUACCCGCACAGUGUAGUCAGCCAGAACAAUGUAGCCCUAGAGGUAUGUGUACAUGUAGUCUAUAGUUCGGAAGGAGGAUUCAACUGAAAGCUAGCACAGUUCUUUAUCUUUGUUUUGUGUCUGUCAGUAACUCAGCACCUCAACUAUUCAGUAAGUUAUUAUCUUUACUCCUUAAAUUAUUUAUAUUCCACCAAGCUAAUAUAUCAAAAGAAAAUCAUCAAUUUUUGAAAAUAUAGUUUGACUGGAUUGAUAAAAAAAAAAUCUACCAAGUCGCUGCAGGAGAAAAUAUACAUAAAUAUAUUGAAAUAUGUAAGCUUUCAGAGCCACCAGUUCCUUAUUCUGGCAGAAGUGUUGAAUGGGAAGGACAAGGGGCAAAGGAAAAGGACUGGUGAGGUUUAGGAAAUGGGGAGAGUCUGAAAAAGUUGUCCAGAACCCCAGGUCAGGGAAACCUUGAUGGAUGGGAUAGGAAGGAGAGACUCGAGAUUUGCAAUCAGAUAUGUACUGAUUGAGGAAAUGUUCAGCAGCAGACAGACCAUGGACGUGGUGGAUGUUGGUGGUAUAGAUGGAGGUGGCAUCAUUGGUGAAAAGCGAGGUGUGUGAUGGGUGUAGGACAGGCACAGACCUCAGAUGGUCUAGAAAAUAAUUGCUGUCUUUAAGAUAGGAGGGAAGUCUUUGUAUUACUGAUUGCAAGUGUUGAUCAACUAAUGCAGAUACAAGUUCAAUGAGUGCUUUGAAGCCAGUAACUAUGGGACAGCCAAGGUGAUUGGGUUUCUGGAUCUUAAGAAGGUAGAAGAUUGGAGUCCUUGCUUUGGGUGGUGUAAGAAGUUAUAUGGAUUGAGGUGUUAGGAGCCAGAGAUGUUAAGGAGGGUCUGUAGGUCAGCUUGAAUCACAGGGAUGGGAUUCUGAUGUCAGAUGCUGUAUGUAGAGAUGUCAGAUGCUGUAUGUAGAGAUGUCAGACAGCUGGCAUAGACCGUUGUUUACAUACAACUGUUGGUCAAGUACCACAGUGGUAGAUCCCUAAAUCGCUGGGAGGAUAAUGAUGGAGUCAUUAGGUUUUAGGCAAUGAGAGCCUGGAGUUCUAUGGUGGACAGCUUCAGGUUAUAUUGAAGGGACCUGAGGAAGGGUUGUGAACCAAUGUUGGGUGUUAGGCUUGUAAGGUACAAUUUUGAGGUAGUGGAUCAAGUUGAAUCAAGAUCGGAACGUUCAAAGCAGGGUUCAAUAUCAGUUUUGUUGUUGGAAAGGUUUAGGAAUUAGGUUGAAAAACUGUAUUUCCAGUAGACAUUGUGUGUGAAGGAAAGUAGGUCCUUCACCAAAACCACGUGAUUAAAUGCAGAUUUAUGGCUGAAAGUGAGACCUUUGAAUAAUAUAGAUAACUGAGGAGGGGAGAGGUUAAGAACACUGUGCUGUCCCGGCUGGUUCUUGUGAUCAUGAGUUAUUAUUCCUCUAGAAGACAUUAGUGAAGGCUGGGAGACAUUAAUCAGUUUAUCCAAGUUCAGGUUGUAGACAGGAGAGGUUGUUGAUAUUGUGGCUGUUUAGGAAGCUGGAGAGGGACAGGGCGGGAAAAGCCACUAUUGAUGUAGUUUACGAGAAGGUGGGAUAGCUUUUUGAGGUGAAGCCUGGUCUGUUGUUGCAUUCUGAACUUGGUUUGCUGAAUGAUACCAUCCAAUGAAACAAGAGAUGGCAGAUAACCGCAAGAUUUUGUACGAGAUAAGUCUGGUGGAGAAGAAAUUGACAGAUGAGACAUAUGGAACACAGAUUAGCCAUGUAACUGCAAGAAAUUGCUGUACUUGGAAUUGUAAGGGGAGCUGGUGUAGAACAGGAUUACAUCCAGGAAUGGGGACUUUCAAUGUCCCAGGAUUGACCAGACUUCAAGAAACGGAAUGUGGGACCUUGGGUCUGAUAGUGCAAAAGCAUGUUUUUGAAGAAACAAAUGCAACAUUUGAUGGGAUUCGUCAUGGAAAGAGAGGAAGGCUGGAGUGUUAAGAGAUGUUGGAAGAGGCAAAAAAGAAGCAGAGACAGGAGAAAAGAGAGAAAAAAGGAAGAAAAGCAAGGGAAAGAUUACAAAAAUUUGUAUGAAAAUCACAAGAACAAAAAAUGGUUAACAAGACGUAAUGAGUGGGUGAGAAUUUCUUGCCAGAAAAGAUGACUGUACAUUAGGAAAAAAUUAUGACUGUAAAAAAUUGUGAUUGAACAAGUUGUGAAAUCAGACAAAAUUUUAAAAACAGGACAAACAGAAGAGGAAGUAAUGAGAGAAAAUGUAAUCCAGAGACAACAGGAAAGUCGAUCAGAGCAGUACGGCAAAAAACUAAUCAACGAAAACUUAAAUAAUCCUGUAAAAGAAAGGUAAGUAAGGGGGGGAUUGAGGAAAUUGCUUCAAAUUUGCAAAUAAAUUGAUGGAAGACGAUCAGGAGAAGGCCCUGCAGUGUAGUGAAUGAUAAACGAAGUGUUAUAUGCAAAUUCAUGAACAACAAUGGACUUGUGCACGAAAAUCAGUACUGGAAAAGGUGAUGGGGCAAGACGUUAGUUAAAAUAGAUGGUACAGAGAAACAAAUGAACAAACUAGCACAUAAGGUAAAAACUGAUGACAGUUCGAAAAAGACAGACGACGAUGACUGCCAAGGGGAUUACAUAAGAAGGAAUAAUGGCCACACAGGCUAAUACAUCCAUGAAAAUAAUAAGUUUUUGAAACUAUAAAAUAACUGGUUUGCGUAUCCUUCUCAUCCCUUCUGAUAAAUCUCUAGAGCCAGGGUUCUGGGCAACUUUUCCAAACUCUUCCCAUUUCCAAAACCUCACCAGUCCUUUUGUUUCCCUUUCUUCAUUUCCCUUCAACCCUUCUGCCAGAAGGAGCCACUGACUUUGAAAGCUUACAUAUUUCAAUACCUUUAUGUGUGUUUUCUCCUGCUGCUGCUGCUUAAGAGGAUAUUCCACCAAUGUCUUUCCAUUACCAUAACUCAUUUUUUUGUGAAAAUUAUAAAUUACACGAGGAAUGCAAGUAGCAUGGAAUAUAUUCAUUUGUGUGAGAGAAAGAUAUCAGAUGAUUUAAUGACAUGUAAUGAUUAAGAGGUUUUCAUUCCUUCUCUCUGCCCCUUUAUUAAAAGUGGUGCAUUACGAAUACUGUAACCUGACUGGCAUCAAGAAAGAGUCGCAAAAUGAAGAGUAAUAGGUACACGUAUGACCAGGGCAACUAAUGCAUUGUCAAAUGUAGGCCCAAAGCGCUGUUAAAAGCUGGAAGAAAUAUACAAUAAUACAGGAAAUUAAUACACAACUGAUAGGUCACUUUUAUUAACUGGAACAACAGUAGCUAUUCAGCAUCAUGAGGAAUUGAAAAACUCCAUCUGAAGAGAUGCUUUUAGCUAAAAAAAAGUACAAGUGAUGAACUACUUAUUCAUUCAAAAGAGUAUAUUAAAAUAGAAACAACCUACUACUUACAAAAUUGUAAUAGUAUCUCCUCAAAAUGUAGAGUCCCAAAACGCUAAGACAGCCAUAGAAGCUUAGGUAGAUUAAGCAGUUGACGACAUGCUAAAUCAGAAACUGCCAAUGACAUUGUUGUGACUCUACAGUACUACAAUCAUUUCUUUUGCCCUAAAAUGCCGUGCAUAAUGAAGUUACAAGUUUAACAUAGAUUAAUGACAUAUCAUCUCAGCAAAGUAUACAAAAACUGGCACAACAGAUUUCUUCUUACUACCAAGAGUGGGAUCAUUACAUCAUAAUUACAAGUUGAAAAGAAAAGAGAGGCAUGUUGUGUCCAGCAAUCAUUUACUGGGGAUCAUUGUUACAGAAAUAAACAGGCUCACUAGGUUAUUUAGUUCUAUCGUAUAUUUCAUAAUUGAGACACCCACAAUUCUUUUCUACAGGUUAUUGUCUGAGUCAGAUAGUAAGUGCCGCCCCCCCCCCCCCUCUCUCUCUCUCCCCUCCCAACACAAACUACACACUGUAAAUGGAAAAGACAGCCUUCACCAAGACCUCUUCAUUGGUCCCAUGUUCUGUCACAGGCAAGGAGAGUGUAUAAAGACAUUUUGGUAUGCAACUGAUUUGUACCAAAGUUAUCUAUUUAUGAUGGUGUUCAGAUAUCUUUAUUCAAUGUAAUUUGAUAUCAGUAACACCACAAAAACAUCUGUGAACAGUUACAGCCAACUCAAAUGUUGUAAAUUUAAUAACUAUGCCUUGGAUGCCAGAUUCUAGCCCAAGAAUCUAAUCUGAUAUAACUGUGUUGUUCUGAUUACACUAGUUUCUGUGGCACAAAUAACUUAUGGACCACUCAGUAAAGAUGCAAUAGUAUAUUCUCCAUAUUUGAAUAACAUGUAGUUUUAAAAUGAUUCACAUAAGAGUAUUAUAUAAAUAUGUCUGCUUACAUCAUACAUUUGUGCUUUAUAAGAAUCAAAAUUUAAAGUGCUGAAUGCAAAUUUUUUUUUUUUUUAAACUGUGUUGUAUCAAUUGUUAGCAUGAACAUUACUGAAUCAUAACAUAAAAAAUUUAAUCACCACCAAAUAAAGUUUACUGUGUUUGUCAUUACUGAAAUAUUUAACUGUGAUUAUCCACGUAGAUUCAGUGACAUGUCAUAUGUUUACUUUUUGGAACAUGUUAACAACCUUUUUGUGUACCACUGCAAUUGUUGCCACUUAUUUAGUAGACUACAAUUACCACUAAAUUACAGUGAAAUUUAUUGUAAUAAAAUUCUCUUCAUGAUCAGACCUGAAGACCCCAGAAUUAGAAACAUUAAUUUCCCAAUCAGAACAACAUUUCUGAACCAAGUUUUGUAACUGGCUCAUUUUAGUAUUUUCAUAUUUUGGUUUUAUGUCAACCUUCCAGUCAGCUUUUCUUCUCUCCCUCACCCAGAAUCCUUUCUGUAUUUGGCUUUCAAAUGCACUCUAAAUUAUUGUCCUACACUCCUAUUUACAGCUACUUUAGCAAUCUUCGCUAUUUCCACAAAUGUAAACUAUUUUACCUGAAAAUAAAGUUGGCAGAGGUAAUACGUAAGACAUAAUGAAUAAUUUAUGCAAUAAAAUCCAUGUUUUGUUUAUCUUCCUAUUGCUGAUAUAGCUAACUGAGAGUUAUAGAA